CAUGAGUAACUUGUUUCCCUUGCGACUUGAGUGAACAGAGAGACAGUCUGCGGAGAGAGGUCGUUAGAAUAAAUGUCUUCCUUCACUUUACAUGCGCCUAAGGAAUAUCACGGCGGGAUCUGAGGGAAUAUAACACACUUUAUCUCAUGGAUCGGCUGUGGUUUCUUGUUUUCCUAGGAGGAUUCGUGAUACCAGGGGUGCAGCAUGUUUGGGGAAUAGAAAUUUUCACUACGAGCGAGGUGGAAGCGGUCAAUGGAACGAGUGUGACGCUCAAGUGUACAUUCAGCUCCACGCAAACUGUGUCGCUUCAGACAGUUACAGUAAUAUGGGACUUCCAGUCCAUAACUUCAAAACAAACUGAACGUAUCUUGUACUAUCAGGGAGAACCAUAUCCGCCCAACACAGGGCUCUUCAAAGGGCGUGUGAAGUGGUCCGGAGACAUACUGAGAAAAGACGCCUCAAUCACCUUGAAUGAUGUUCGCCCCACGUUUAACGGCACCUACACCUGUCAGGUGGCCAACCCUCCAGAUGUCCACGGCAAUACUGGAGAAACCAUCCUAAGAGUCGUCAACAAAGUACCUCUCUCUGAGAUCAGCCUCCUGGCGGCCGCUGUCGGAGGCUCCUGCGCCGUCAUCCUGGUCUUUCUUGGCAUCUUCAUUGCUGUGAAGAUGUACAGGAGGCCUAAAAAGGAAAAGGACAUUGAGAUGCGCGUAGAGGAGUACAGCAAAGACCCAACUGUGUGGUGAAGCCCCAGAGACCCACAGCUCUUGUCAGCCUCCUCUUCUUGGGACUGCGGUGGAGUCAGUGUGACUGUUUGGGUUCAUUUUCUUGACAGAAGUGAAGGAAAGGCCUUUUUGUUCUGCCAUGUUUGCUCCUCUAGAGCAAGCUUUCGGAUAUUACUUCAGUUUCCCAAGACCACUAUGGUGUUGGAGCUAUAAUGUGCUGUUAUUAUGUUGCUUAAAUUAAAAAUCUGGACAUUUUUAUCUACUUCAUUAAAAGUUUCUUUGAUUUAAAACAUUUAAAAGUUUUUCUUAAACAUUAUGGAGGAUGUAAACAUGGAUACAUGUCCUCUUGGUGGCUCUUCACUUGAACCUUUGUUCACAACAGCAGUGCUGACAUACAAAUGGGCCUUUUCAUUUUUUUAAACUUUUUUACCUUUGACCUGAGUGUCGUAAUAUGAAAUGUGAAAGAGAUCCAGCUGUUGUGAAUUAAGGCUCACUAUCUUUGCAAUUGUUUCUUACCGAGAACAAGAGUAUUUUUAUUUUUUUUCACACUUACAAGAUGAUCAAGUUUUUUGGGGCAAAUUCCUUUUCUUUUUGUUGUGCAUUAAUACCCAUAGCGCAUGAGGCUGACGACUUUAUUCUCAUGCGCUAAGGACAGUAUUGCAUGAGGCCGAUGUGCUGAUGACCUUUGCUCCACCAUGCGUUCCAAUCUUUGAGUUAAGGUGAGGCAUUUGUCCAGGGCUGCAUUCCCUCUCUGGGCUUCCCUAGCCUCAACGUAACCACUUUUGUUGGCAUCUCUGCUUUUCUGUUACGUUUGUGAUGGAUAUACUUUCUGAGGCGGAACAUAUCUCAUGUGUUCAGUUCAUCCAUCGUGCACUGAUCGUCCCGUCUCACUAGUGGCUUGUGUUUUUGUUUCUUUGCUUUUUCUUUUAAUCUACGAUUGAGUGUAUUUGGCCGUGCGGUUACACCAGUUCACCUUCAGAGGCAGUUCACCUCACAGCUCUGAAAACAAAGAAGGAAGAUGUUAGUUCAGAUGAUGAGUCUGAGCCCAGCAGCGGCGACGACGAAGAGGAAGAAGGUCUUGGGGAUGAUGAUGAU